AUGGCUCCUGGUUCAGAUGUCAAUGAAACUCCACUCACACACACCCCUUCUUCUUCAACAACAACAGGCAAUGGAAACUCCAUUGAUUCUACUCAUCCUUUCUUCCUUCAUGCUUCUGAUGCACCAAGUAUGAUACUGGCGAACACACCAUUUGAUGGUCGUGGCUAUGCUGGUUGGAGUAGAUCCAUCCUCAUCUCAUUGUCAGCUAAGAACAAAUUGGGCUUCAUUGAUAGCUCAUGCCCUAUGCCACCUCUUACAGAUCCUAAUCACUCAAUCUGGAGCAGAUGCAACCACAUGGUAACCUCUUGGUUAUUGAAUUACCUCACCAAGGUCAUUGGUGACAGUGUUCUCUACUCAAAAACUGCUAAGGACCUUUGGUUAGAUCUGGAGCACAGAUUUGGGCAACCUAAUGGUGCCAAGCUAUACCACCUGCAAAAGGAACUUGCUGAUUUAGUACAAGGAACUGCUGACAUUGCUACUUAUUUCACUAGAAUGAAACGACUAUGGGAUGAAGUAGACACUCUUUUCGAAGAGAGAGAAAGAAACCUCCCUAACUCAGAAAGGCCCAGACUGCGCUGA